AUGACCUUCACAAUCAAGAUCAAGAACCAGUAUCAGUCAGGCACCAGACGUUCCUACUGUGUGGCUGCGCAGCCCGCCCUCGUGAAGGAUGAGAAGAGUAUCACUGUGCUUCCUGGAGAGCCAGGACUGAUGACACCUACAUUCGCCGUCACCGACUCCCUAAUCCACGGUUCCGUUACCUCCGUUACCUUUCAAUAUGAAUACUUUGCCUUUGUGGGCGUCCGCAAGUUCGAAAACGGUCAGCCCAAGAUCGAACUCACCAAGAGCGUUCCCAUCUCACUCGGAUCCGGAAACGAAAACGGAUCUGUGGUCCUAGUCGACUGGAACGAGGGCUACAUCGACAUCAAUCUUGCUGAGCAGAAAGACCUUGAAGAACAUCAACUGAGACUUGCCCCCAAAGACGCGGUCCGGAUCAAAUGCCUCAGGCCCCCCAACGCCGGCAACAAGACGAAGUACGUGGUUGGGCUCGCCCAGCGUCUCGUCACCGGCGAGGAUAACAACAAUGCGGGGGAGGAACCGGUCCCCAUCGUCGCCGUUGCCCAUCAGAGCGAUAAGCUAUACACAAUUUGGCCGUCUGCGAUCAUGGUCGUCAACGCGACUGACAGCACCACCUUCGAGGGCCAGGUCCUCCAGUCUGGCACACGGAUGGUUCCGGUCGACUUGAGCAGCGUCAAGAAGAACAAGAGCCCUCAGAUCUCUUUGGUCGAGACCAAUAAGGGCUUCUACAUCGGGGGAACCACUCUCGUGGUCGCAAAGUCGCUGUGGGAACUCUGCACCUCAGGGGUUUCCUCGGAGCCACCACCGCGAGUUCCCCAGCAGCAGCCUCCAUUGCAUAAACAAACCGCUCCCAAGUGGAAGGAUGAAGCUGACAAGUUGGGAUUCACGUUCUUCCGACAGUUACACGCGUACAAGUUCCUCACGAAAUACAACGCCACGCAGCUAGCAAGCUUCCACAGCGAUGAGCAGAUUAAGCGUAUCGCCAUGAACGCGAAGACCUGGGGCGACAAGAUCCGCGCCAAGGACGGGUAUAGUGACGAAUACCUAGACGACCUGUUGGUCCUAGCAUUGUUCGACACCAUCCUCUUCCUGGACAACUCAUGGUCAAUGAACGACUCCAACGAGCCCACGGAGGAGCUUCAAGAUAUCGCCGGGAGCAUCGUUGAGGUCGAGAGCAUCUACGAAAACACGCCGUCCGUCCGUAUCGAGUUCCUGAACGGCAAGCCCCGAGACGACACCGCCGAAACCGCGGACGAGGUGAGGGCAAAAAUUGCCAACAUCGACAACUUCGGGAGCACCCCUCUCGGAGCCCAGCUCAGAAAAAAGAUACUCGACCAGUUCGUAUACCCCAAGCUGCAAGCGAAAGGCACCUUCCGGCCUGUUCUUAUCUGCGUAAUCACGGAUGGAGCUCCUGACCCUUCCGAGAAGGGCAGAUUCCAACUGGAGAUUCAGGAGUGCAAGAAACUACUCGGGAAUCGUGACAGAACAUUGGUUGGAGACAAACACGUCCUUUUUCAGAUCUCCAGAGUGGGAAAACUGCGCGAAGCCGAGAAGUUUAUGAGGAGCCUCAAAGCCGAUCCGGAGCUGAAAAACAUCCUUCAUGUCACCUCCUAUCAGGAGCUCGAGUUCACAGACGACAGCAAUGACCCCAUCUUCACGUACUCCGCGGCUAUCUCGAGACUUGCUGGAGCUGCCCUCCUUGGUCUCAAACGUGACGAGAAUGGCGAGUUUGUGUUUCCAGUGAGCCAGUAG